AUGUUGUCUCGAUUUCACCAUUACCACGGUUCUAAUAUUAUUUUAUUUGAGGAUAAUACGGUAGCAUUUAGAAAAGCAAGCUUCGCCCAUGGAUUAACAUUCAGCGAGAAACCUUUGCUGCCCGGGGAAAUAUUUUUAGUAGAAAUAGAAAAAACUGAGCGCGGUUGGAGUGGUCAUAUGAGACUAGGAUUGACUCUGCUCGAUCCUCAGACAUCUGCUCUGGGCAAUAAAGGCUUACCUCAGUAUGCACUCCCUGACCUCGCUAAUACUGGCAUGUCAUGGAUCUUCCCUAUUUCUAAGUCACAAAACAAUGUUUUAGUAGAACUUGUUAAUCAAGUGGCUAGUGGACGACGCGAGAACGAGCCGCGGGUGUCAGUGCUGGGGGACGGGCAUGUAGUGAAAACUCCCCGCGGUUAUAUAUCUAAAAUGGUGCUCAGACCUCAGACUUUAUCACAAAACGGAACUCCUAUAGGCAUAUUACCAAUGGAUGCUGGUAGCCGCAUUGGUGUUAUGUUUGUACCAUGUACAAAGGUUAAUAAAGAUGACCAAGACAUGGCUGAAAUGCAUUUUAUAAUAAAUGGUGAAGAUCAGGGGCCUUGCACUAAAGCUAUUCCUUACACAAGAGGACCAUUGCAUGCUGUUGUUGAUGUCUAUGGUACCACAAAGCAAGUUAAAAUUGUUCAACUAUAUGGAGUGAAAACGCUACAGAGUAUAUGCCGAGAUGCAAUAUUGCAGUAUUCGAAUAAUGGCUCAAUAAAGUCAUUACCUUUGCCAAAGUGCUUAAAAGACUUUUUACUUUCAUAA